AUGUUACCAUACAAGCUACUUUUAAUUGGUAUAACCUGCUUGUUCAAUGUGGUAUCAGCUGUUCACUACAUCAAAUCAAGUUCACUUUUAACUUGUAUGGAUAAUUCACAAUUUACAGCAUCAUAUUUCGAUAUUGUGUUUUAUCCCGGAAACAGAACUAUCUAUUUUGAUAUCAAUGCUAUUUCAUCAAUUGAUGCUAAAGUUGGAGCUUAUAUCAAUGUUAUUGUUUAUGGUUUGAAUGUCGUGCAAAGAAAUAUAUCUCUUUGUGAUAUUGAUUAUGAAUCAAGUGGUUCAGGUGCUAACCCACUUUGUCCGUUGACUUCAGGGCAUUUGAAUCUUGAUUCGCAUUAUCAAUUGGGGUCAUCAAUUAGUAGUCAGAUUCCUGGAAUAGCUUAUACUGUUCCCGAUGUUGAUGCUAGAGUUAAAGUGUUGAUUUAUGAUUUGGAAUCUUAUGAUCAAUUGGCAUGUGUUGAAGCAACUUUAUCCAAUGGUAAAACUGUACAAACUAAAUAUGCCGGAUGGCCCAUUGCUGCAAUUUCUGGUUUGGGUGUUGUAACAUCUGGUGUUAUUUCAGUUAUUGGUCAUUCAAGCACUGCAGCUCAUAUUGCAUCGAAUUCAAUGUCACUUUUCAUUUAUUUCCAGUCAUUGGCAAUCAUGGCUAUGAUGGCGGUGGCUAGAGUUCCUCCCAUUGCUGCAGCUUGGGCCCAAAAUUUUAUGUGGUCUGUAGGUCUUAUCAAGAUUGGAUUUGUUCAAGAUAUUUCCAAUUGGUAUAUUCAAGCUACUGGAGGGACCCCAACUGAUAUUUUAGGAGCAUCAUAUCUUUCCAUUUCAGUACAAAGAUUUGCUAAAAGAGCUAUGGAAUGGUAUGAAGGUAUGAAUAGCUACGACAUGGCUGGGUUGUCAUCGUCAUCAGGCUCCCCAUUGGCCAAGAGAGCAAACAUCUUGUUAGAUUCAGAUACUUUUGGUACCGCUGACAAUUUAGAUCCAGAUUUAUAUUCUACUAAUGAAAAAGCCACUGAUUUAUCAGGGAAAAUUUUGGUUUUACGAGGUAUUCAACGUGUGGCCUAUUUGGCUAGUAUUGAAAUUACUGAUGUGUUCAUGACAGGUAUUUGUUUCUUGUUUUUUUUUGCAUUUGUUAUGGUGGUUUGUCUCAUGUUGUUUAAAGCAAUUAUUGAAAUCUUGACCAGAAGUAAAGCCAUGCAUGCUGAAAAAUUUAAUGAGUACCGUCAUCAUUGGGGUGGUAUUAUAAAAGGAUCACUUUAUCGUUUAUUGAUUAUUGCGUUUCCUCAAGUUUCAGUAUUGUGUAUUUGGGAAUUGACAGCUAGAGAUUCUGCUGGAGCUGUUGUUGUUGCCGUAUUCUUAUUGGUCAUCACAUUAGUAUUAUUGAUACAAGCAGCAACAAGAGUGUUUCUAAUGGGAAGAAACUCGGUACGAGAUUUCAAAAAUCCAGCUUACUUAUUAUUUGGAGAUGUCAAGUUUUUAAAUAAAUUUGGAUUUUUAUACGUCCAAUAUAGAGCUGAUUGUUUUUGGUUUAUUUGGGUUUCAUUGUUUUACAUUUUUGUUAAAUCGUUGUUGGUGGCAGUAUUACAACAUCAUGGUAAACCACAAUCAGUGAUCAUUUGGGUUGUUGAAUUGAUUCAUUUGGUGGUUGUUUGCUGGAUUCGUCCAUUUAUGGAUAAAAGAACCAAUGCAUUCAAUAUCACCAUUAGUGUUAUCAACUUCAUCAAUGCAUUAUUCUUUAUGUUCUUUUCCAGUGUUUUUGGACAACCAAAUGUUGUUUCUUCAGUCAUGGCUGUAGUUUACUUUGUGCUCAAUGCAGUAUUUGCCUUAUUUUUGUUGAUAUUCACCAUUGUCACUUGUUUGUUGGCUAUUGUUAGAAAGAAUCCAGAUGCCAGAUACCAACCAAUGCGUGACGAUCGUGUUUCUUUCUUGCCUAAAUCAGCCGGUAAAAAGGGAGCUGGUACUGGUGGUGACGAUGAUAUGGAAUUGAUGGCUUUGGGAGCUACAGCAAUGAAAGGACAUGAGCAUGGUAAACGUGAUCCAUUAGCUUAUGAUGAUGAAUCAUAUGAUGAAGAUUCAGUAUAUCAAAACACAAGAAACUUAAGUGGUCCUGCAUUAGGAGGAGAAGGAACUACAAGCACUGGAUCAGGAUCAAAUGAUUAUAGUCCAUCAAAACGAGAUUCAAUAAGUUUUAUGGAACCAACACAACCAGGUUCAACCAUAGUUGGCAACCCUUAUAACGCGUUACCUACAAAUUACUCCAAUGAAAAUAAUGCUAGCACUGGAAGCGGAUUUAGUUUUGGACAAACUGGAGCUUAUCAAGGUAGUUCAUCAAGUCCCCAAAAUCCAUAUUUCCAAAACACCGCUUACAGUAACAAUCAAUAUUAUCAGCAAAGGAAUCCAAGCGGAAGUCGAACAGCCUUCAGGUGA